AUGAUUGGCAGAAUCUUUAGCCUUCCCAAUCAAUUUUUCUCCCUAAACGCGGUCGACGGCACUUGGGGGGCUUGUGACGAUCCCUGGGGCUGCUACAUCACCGACCCUUCGGUGGCCAAGGAGCCCAUCGGACAUCACGGAACGACUUGGGUUCCUGUCAGCUGGGGGACGUGGGAGAACUACAAUGUCGAGGGCGUUCCCACAGGCAAGGAGGGAUACUGA